GAGAUCUUACCCAUCAAAGUCAAGCAUCCUGUAUCAUAGGAUCAGUUGAAAUUGAAACGAGCGUGGAAGAUUCAUUUUAAAAAAAAAAAAAUUCUUUGACGUUUCUGGAGUGUUGGAGUGUUCUAAAUAAUGAAAACUGGAGACAGUAUCGAGCGUGUUCAUUGGCUCACUGGCCUGUUCAUGAACUUUAAUUUCUGAGCUUAUCAACAAAUUUUGGUUGUGUUGGACAAUUUUUAAAAUUCCGUGGAUGACGAUUCAGGUCUUUUGGAAAAAAAAAGGAAUUUGUAAAACAUGAAAUCAGCAAGGGAAAACAAAAUAAAUUAAUGCAUUCACUUUGUCAACGUGUUAUGUUUUGGGGGAAAAUAUAGUUUUGAUAUCUUUAACGAAAAGAAGGAAAGAUAUAAAUCAAAGCAACUACGCUCAGUGAAUCACAAUGAAGAAUGGAAAAAUUGACGGUGUCGUUGAACAAGAAUCUAGGAACCAUUGGACCCAGAUCCCUCCUAAGAAGACGUGCUUCGCCAUAUCUUUGGCUUACACGCUGGUGUACACGGCAUUCGAAGCUAUCCAGAACCUGCAGGUGAGUGGAUCGGAUGAUGCAUGUGAAUCGGAUGUACGGUUGCAAAAUAGGGUUGUGUUAUCUAAACGUAAUCUCCUUGUGUGUAGCGAGGCAUGGGGGGGGGGGGAUUCCUGAGCUACUUACGCCGGGAGAAUCAUGCACUGUCAUUGGUGAAGAAGGAGAGAGGGUGGGCGUAGGGGCUGUCCAUCCCGGGACUCAUUUUUGUGUGUUUUUUUUACUGAUCUAGAUUCGGAAAUGAGGGGGUGGGGGUGCUUUGAAAACUAAAUAUCCUCACCAGGAAACAAUGUUCAAGUAAUUACCAGAUUCGCUAAAACUACUAUAUCUAUUUUAAAAAUUAUUACAUACUGAAACCUCUUUGAGUAUCUAAAUUCUCUCUUUUUCUUUAAUGUUAAGGACACUUUGCAUUAGUAUGUUAUCGUCCUAUCGUAAUUUUUAAAAAUUAAUUAUAUUAUUCUUCAUCCUCAGAGUAGCAUCAACAGCGGGGGGAACCUGGGAGUAACGUCCCUUGCCAUCAGCUACGGGGUCGUGUUGAUCUCGGCCCCUCUCAGUCCUUACCUCAUCCGGGUGUUUGGCAUCAAGAACUACCUCCUGGCUGCAUGGGUCGCCGUCGCGCUCUACUGCUCCUGCAACUUCUACCCGGCCCUGGCCACUUUCAUACCAGCCUCCAUCUUAAUGGGCGUGGCCAUGGGGGCCCUGGGUAUGAUCAUAGGGCUCUACCUUUCCGCCGCCGGCAAAUCGUACGUGCUCUUGAACAAUCUGAGGAGCGACCGCCUACACAGUGUCUUGAGCCUAUUCAACGGGAUCUUCUUCAUGAGUUUCAAGUCCACGCAGAUCACAGGCAACUUGAUUUCGUCUGUCGUUUUGUCAUCGUCCCCUUACAACAGGUCGACGAGUGAGAACAACGUCUGCGGGGCUGUGGUGUGCAGCGCCACUUGGGAUAACUCGACUGUAGAAAUCGAGUUACCCGAAAAGGAUGUCUUGUACAUUCUCGUUAGCGUGUUUCUCGCGUGCAUAGCAGCCGGGUUUGUGGUGACGCUCUUGCUGUUGCCGAAGUUGGAUGUCUACGCCGACGAACCGGAAGAGUGGGCGGCUCUGAAUGACGGAAGUGAGACGAAGGAUCGGCGCGUGGCGAAGAAGAGCGUGCAGAGGAAACACGCCCUGGAAAACGCGAAGAGCUGUAUCGGACUGCUGAGGAGCUCUUACGUCUUGCUGGUCCCCCUCUUUAUGGCCCAGGGGAUGUCUGUGGUCGUGCUGUUUACAGGAUACACCCAGGUUGUUAGAGUCUGUGGUUUGUAUCGACUCAAAGGUGGACAUUUUAGUGUAGAAAAUCGUUUACGACAACAAACAACAACAACAAACGGCAAGGGGUUGGGGUAUUUAAUUAACUACAAGUGAACGGGAUAAAAGCAUUUUUUUGUUUACAAAUUCAUAUCCAAUAUAAUCAAUAUCUUUCCCGUGAAUAUAAAUUUUAAACGUAUUUGAUGCUUUUAAACAUACUUUCUUGAACUUUUAAUAUUGUAGUUUUGGUCCAUGUGUCCUAAGUUUAAAUGGAAAAAAAAACGAAGACAGGCUGUUAAAACUGUGAGUUAUUUUAUUAAUGUGUUUAUCUUCUGUUAUUUUAUUUCAAAAGUAUUCUACUUGUGGGGUAAAAACAAAACAGGUAUGACGCUCUUGGACGUUAUGUUGAAAUUUCGGGACCACUGUGUUUUGAAUCAGCAAUGAUUUGAAUUGUGCUUUAAAAAAUGAUCAAAAUGUAAUAUUUUACUGUGAAAAAGUAGUUAAGCGAUUUCUGUUUGUGUUAAGUAGUCAAAAACGAUAUACAUUUAAAAAAACAAACAAUUUAGGCUGAAGAAAAAUGAAGACAAUUUUUUACUAGGAAUAGAUCUUACAUUUUUGUUUCUCACGUUCAUUUCUCUCUCAUCUCUCUCCCCCAGGGUUUUGUCAGCUGUAGUGCUGGAAUCCGCUGGGUCGGCUACACGAUGAUCGCAUACGGAGCUUCCAGCAGCCUGGUCGCGCUCUCCUUGAACUACCUGGUGCGCUAUUUGAACAGGUCGAUCCUGUUCGUCGCCUUCAUCGGCACGGAUAUCGGUUUAGCCGUCGCCAUGCUCGUCUGGAGACCUGAUUCGGGCACGCAUUUCGGCAUGUUCUUCAUCAUCCCUGCACUGGCCGGUCUAACGGAGGGCAUUUCGCAGCCACAGUUCAAUGGUGAGAUUAAUUCUGAUAGAAUCAAGUAUAAAGUAGUAAAAAGUUAAAGUAUUGCUUAAUUGACCUACUCAUAUGGACCCGUUAGUGCUAUCUUAUAGCUGCAUAGACCACUGAUUCUCCAAGUAGUGGCGCAUUGUAAAGGUCCCCUAGUUGCCGGUGUUAAAAAAAUUAAAAUGUGUUUAGAUCUAAAAAUAGCAAUCAUAAAUUAAAUAAACUGGACAUUCGGUCACACGUGAAUUGUGGAUAAUUCCAGCAGAUCCGUCCCAAUGAGAUAUUUGAGGUGAACAGGUGUAUAUAACAAUUUUUAAAAAGUGGGGUGUUAAUGAGGUGAGAGAGAGACAGGAUAAUAUAUAUAUAUAUAUAUAUAUAUAUAUAUAUAUAUAUAUAUAUAUAGAUAUAUAUAUAGAUAUAUAUAUAUAUAUAUAUAUAUAGAUAUAUAUAUAUAUAUAUUAUAUAAAGAAAGGGGGCUGGGGUUGCCUGAUUUUGUUAAAAUAUUUUUUACUGGCGCUAAUAUAGGGUACGUCCAAAUUUGUGUAAAACAGAGUAGCGUGCCCAUGGUUUCCACCUACUUUUACCACUUUGGCUUUGAGUCCAAAAAUCAUGUGUGUUGGUUCUAAACUCGAAUGCAGGAAGUUAUGUAGGCUUAAUUAAAACAUGCCCAAUAAUAGAGUUUUUAAAAUAAAAUUUACACUGUUACUCUGAAUAAUAUAUUUCCUCUCAAUUCACGAUCAAGUCACUGGUACUUGUUUACAUAGCCAAACCAUGACAACCGCAAAUGAUAUGAAAGCGGAAAUGAUAAUCACCAACCCAUUAUGCAUUUUUCACUUCAAAAAUAUAUUUUUUUUCCUUCGUGAUCGUACCCCAUAACAUGGCUAGGACUACUGUUUUUUUUUUUUAAUGUAUCAAAUAUAUGAAUAACCUACAAAAUAAAAAAAUAUAUUAAAAAACCAACUCUACUUUUUUAAACACCAUUUAUUUAUCCAUUGCAUUUUGUUUGUGUGGGAAUGUGUGGGAAUGUGUGGGAAUGUGUGGGAACGAUUUCUUUCAUGUGAGUUUUAAAUUUUAAAAAAUCUUUCAGCUCUGAUCUCAACGGUAUUCAAGAAGAAUGAACCCCAAGCGUUCGCCUGCUUCCAUCUGUCCAAAUGCAUGGCGUUUGCCCUGUCCCUAGCGCUGUCCGGCGUCGCCUGCCUGUACCACAGACUUUACUUGACCCUGGCGCUGUACAUUCUUGGCUUUGCUGGGUAUGUCGUGUUCGAAGUGCGUGAAAGGAGAAAAAAACAGUCGGUUGGAGAAAACGAAACCGGAAGUCUCCGGAAGCCAUGAUGAAUGACACGUGAUGCAGUAGCCAUGCCACAUCCAACGAAGUAGCGUUGACACUCUUGCAGUAAAUCUCAGUAAAAUACGAGAGUGUCUUCUUACACGCUAUAGUAGUGAGUAUUGGCUGUUAAAUUGGGUUUUUAUUCAUUUACUACAAUAGCUUUUCCCAUUUAACUUGGCAUGGCCAUUACUGCUGUCGGCAUGGAUUCGAUGAGCACCCCCCCCCCAUUUUUUUUCUCCCCCACCUUUUACAAGCAUUCCCCACAUCAUUGAAAGAUUAAACAUAAAUCACCAAUUCCAUUAGAAAAGGAGACAUUAAAAAAUAAAAGUAUUUGCAUUCUGAACUUGGAUUAGUGAAGUGGAUGUAGUUCAUUUUACUCGGGUCCAAUCACGCGGUCUUUGAGGGCGAAAAAAUCUAGGGCCUCGUUUUGAAUAUGGCGACAUGCGUGUCUAUGUCAGUGUUAAGAAAAAAAAUGUUGCACGGUAAGAGUACUAAUAAAUAUUAAUGCACAA